UACUGGUGUCCCAAAAUCAGAUAAUCCACACUUGGGAAAAGGUCACAAAGUACAUUUCUCGAAUACUGUAAAGACAAAGGAAAAACAACAAAAUAAAGAUGUUUCGGCUCACAUGAUACAGAAAGCUUGGUUAUCUCAUCUCGACAAAACUGUGUUUCAACUCCUUAAGCAUACAAUUUGUGCAGCGGAACAUCACGUGACACAUGAAAUUUUGAAGAAAGUGAGCCCCUUAGAGGCUGAGCUUGUUAAAGAUCCUUGCAUGAAGUGUAAAGUUAGAUUCAGAUUUAGUGGCGAAAUAUUUCCACCUUUCAUCGUAUUUAAAAUUUUUCUUCACACUGAAGGCCAUGGUUAUAAGUAUUUCAGCGGAAAGAAAUUUUUAAAGCCAUCAAGUGAGGCUGAGGCUGAUGCUUACAAAAUAAUGGGGAGAAAGAAAUUUUAUCAUCAAAUUAAGGAAGAUGAACGUCUUUUCCAGAAGUUCAAAAUAACUGAUGACACAGAUAUUGUCACCCUGAAAGAUUACAUGCAAUAUUCCAGUCAUCUGGAUGAGAUCCCUGCAUCUUCUGGUGGCAGAAAUAACUGUUGGCGAAGAUUAAGCCUCGAAAACAUUCCCAGGACAAUGAUAAUGUAUGACAUAGUUGAUUAUGCUGAGUCUGGAAUAAUCUCAAAACGUCUAAAAAAAGAAAUGAAGUAUCUAUUACAAAGACCAAAAACAGAAGAGAUGCAUCAGCACCAGCUACAGAUUGUUUCUGAAGUUAGGUCCCCUUUAUUCUUAUCAAGUCUUCAACCUUUAUAUCGGCCCUACCAACAGCAAAGUCAAAUUAGACUUCUGGGUCGUCGAUCCAAACAAGCUCUAAUGAAAGUUGAAAAAAUGAAAAGAGCUUAUAAGAUGGCUAAAGAAAACAAUGCUUCUGUGGGAUCUGAACCAAAAAUGGACAUACCAGGUGCAAAGCAGAAAGAGACAGUUGUCUUCUCCACCCCAUCUUUUGACAUUGUGAAAGUUAAAGAACUGUCAGAUGACGAAUUGGAAAAAGAGGAAAAGGAAUUAUUUGCCUGGUGUCAAGACUUGUUUAUUAAUAACUCUCCAUCAUUUUAA